AUUUCGUUCCCAUUUUCUAUCCUCUUAAUUUUUCAGGCCUCUUACAUUUGCUAUAAGCUCAUUUUUCCAUUCCUCCACCUUAAAAGCUUCACGCUUUCUUUCGCUCGUCCCUCUCCUAACUCUUCAGCCGCCCCUCACUCCCUCGGUGUUACCCCAGUUUUUCACUUAUUGGGUUCUAUAGUUUAGGCUUGAAAAAUCCGACCGGAGAAAAAUCCUGAAAAAAAACAGACAGCACGAUGACGGUAACACCAACAACAACAACUAGUUCUGGGUCUGGAUGUGGAAGUGGGUGUCGUCUCUUUCUACCUUCGACAUAUCCUAGUCUGACACAAAACCGAACUUACAAUUACGAACCCAUAAAUAAUAAUAAUAAUAAUAAUAAUAAUAUCCAUGUUUUUGGCUCCAUUACAUUCUCCCAAACCCCCAAGCCCAAAUUAGGCAGCCGCUGCCGCCGCCGCAGCCUAUUGGCGGUUUCUCAAUUCGUGGAAGAUAGUUCUCAAUCCGAAGAACCCAACACCACGGAUGCAAAUAUUGACAUAAAACUUCCAAGAAGAAGUUUGCUUGUACAAUUUACUUGUGAUGUGUGUGGUGAAAGAACAGAGAGGCUCAUAAAUCGAUUAGCCUAUGAGCGCGGCCUUAUUUACAUACAGUGUGCAGGUUGUCUCUGUCAUCACAAAUUAGUUGACAACCUUGGCCUCAUGGUUGAGUAUGACUUAUGGGAGGAAAUCAAUCCGGGCUCAAAUACUGAUCAAGUUUGAUAUGUGCCAAUCAACUUGUUAGUUAUUCUAAGUUUCCUUUUGGAUAUUUCCAUGUUUGUUGUCGUAAUAAAAAAAUCAGUCUUCAUUCAGCAACAAAAUUAAUAUAUAUAUAUAUAUAUAUGUAUAUAUAUGCAUAAAAUAAAACUCAAAAUUUGUCCUCAUUAAACAUUAACCAUUCAAAAAUUGGAACUACAAAACCUUGAUAUGGCUCAGUCUCCUUAUUAUUCACUCCUGUCUAACCAAUCUUUGAAUUGAUCUUGUGUAAUACGUAUGAAAUAAUCAUCUCUUUUCAGUAUAACAGCAAAUCAGUGGUCCAUCAUCACAUAAGAUUUCUAGGAAUUAUAUCCUGUAAGAGCCAGCAGAAUGGCAACAGCUAAUCCUGUAGUCAUCCACCUUCCAGACCUUCCUACCUGCUGAUGUAGUGCAUGUCCUCCAUUCUGUGAGUUGAGAAAGAAAGGAAUAGUCAAUAAAAAUAUUUGGAAAUUGUUAAAGCUGAUAUAUUGAUGUAACAAUGAAUGUGAUUGGUGUCACAUAAAUAACACAAUAAAUAAAUUUCUGAAUUAUUUUUUGUUUUGUAAAAAGUUGAUAUAUUAGUUUGUAAGGUUUAUGUUGUCAAAUUUGUAGUGGUAGCAUCAGUCAAAACAUUUUUUCAUGUGAGAAGUAAAAUCAUCCAUAUCAAGCCACCCCAUUUAUUCAAAAUUUAUUUAACAUAUAUAAAAUAGUUUCUCAGCAAUUUUGGAAAAUUAAUAGUAAUGGCAAUCCGACUGAUUAAAAGUUACCGCAUUUGGUGAUGGUGCUGGAGUUGUAUCCUCUGUGUCUACCAAUGUAGGAGGUGCUGGGGGGCUGGUUACAUUAGCUGCUGGUGCUGGUGCUGGUGCAUGAUGAUGCUUGUGCUUAUGUCUGUGCCUUCUUUUCUUCUUGUGUUUGGUGGGUGCUGGAGCAGAUGAGGGCACCAAGACUGG